AUGGCGGGCGUUUUCGAUAUUGAGCUAGAUGGGGGCGAACCACAUCGCUAUGGUGAUAGUGGCGUAAUGCAAGAAGAGAUGGAAGAUGACCAGAUGUACAGCAAUGUAGCUGAUGGUGUAAUAUCCGCUCCGCCGCCAUCCUCCUCAUUCAUCCAAGAUCCAAUGGUUGAAGCCAUUGAUUUGUCAUGUAUAGCCGUCAAUCAAGGCGUUCGAGUCGGCCCA